GCCAUCCAGUGCGGUUGGAUGGGCUCUCUAAGGAAUUAAAAAAGAAACGAGAAAGUGAAAACAGUGUCAAAGAUAAGAAAGUGGAAUACAUAAGCGAACUCUGAGCCGGAAGUGAUUAAAAGACUGCCUAAAAGGACUAUCUAAGGACACGUAUAGCUUUCCACUGUGUGUGUGGAAGUGUGUGUGCGUGUGUAAAGCACUAGCUUUGCCAGAAUGGGGCUGCUACGCGUGACCCCAUACUGUGCCCUGGGCGUGGCCCUGCUUAUCGCGCUAUGUAAUGCUGAGCUAACGCCGCCAUAUUUUAAUUUGGCUACCGGACGCAAGAUUCAUGCAACGGCCACUUGUGGCGAGGAUACUGACGGAGCAGAGCUCUACUGUAAACUAGUGGGCGCCAAUACGGAAAACGAUCACAUUGACUACUCGGUUAUACAAGGACAGGUCUGCGACUACUGUGAUCCCAGUGUGCCUGAGAAGAAUCAUCCGCCAGAGAAUGCAAUCGAUGGCACCGAGGCUUGGUGGCAAAGUCCGCCUUUGUCCCGAGGCAUGAAAUUCAAUGAAGUCAAUUUGACCAUCGAUUUCGACCAGGAAUUCCAUGUGGCGUAUCUGUUUAUACGCAUGGGCAAUUCGCCGCGUCCCGGUCUGUGGACGCUGGAGAAGUCGACGGAUUAUGGCAAGACCUGGUCGCCCUGGCAGCAUUUUUCGGACACGCCCACUGAUUGCGACACAUACUUUGGCAAGGAAACCUAUAAGCCAAUAACACGUGACGACGAUGUAAUUUGCACCACGGAAUACUCGAAGAUUGUGCCGCUAGAGAAUGGCGAGAUACCAGUGAUGCUGCUUAAUGGUCGCCCCUCGUCAACCAACUACUUUAACUCUACAGUGUUGCAAGAAUGGACGCGUGCCACAAAUGUGCGCAUACGUUUGCUACGUACCAAGAAUUUGCUGGGUCACCUCAUGUCCGUCGCUCGUCAGGAUCCCACUGUGACGCGUCGUUAUUUCUAUUCGAUCAAGGACAUUUCCAUUGGUGGUCGCUGCAUGUGUAACGGUCAUGCCGACACCUGCGAUGUCAAGGAUCCACAGAGUCCUGUGCGCAUCCUGGCCUGUCGUUGCCAACAUCACACCUGCGGCAUUCAGUGCAACCAGUGCUGUCCCGGCUUCGAGCAAAAGAAGUGGCGUCAGAACACCAAUGCGCGUCCCUUCAACUGCGAGCCUUGCAAUUGCCAUGGUCACAGCAACGAGUGUGUUUACGAUGAGGAGGUCAACCGCAAGGGCCUGUCGCUGGAUAUACAUGGCCACUAUGAUGGCGGUGGCGUUUGCCAGAACUGUCAGCACAACACCGAGGGCACCAACUGCAACAAGUGCAAGCCAAAGUACUACAGACCCAAAGGCAAAUACUGGAAUGAAACCGAUGUUUGCAGUCCUUGCAACUGCGACUUCUUCUACUCGACUGGUCACUGCGAGGAGGAGACUGGCAAAUGCGAGUGCCGUGCAGCCUUCCAGCCACCAAACUGCGACUCCUGCUCUUAUGGCUACUACGGUUAUCCGCAGUGCCGCGAGUGCGAGUGCAACUUGAACGGCACCAAUGGCUACAAUUGCGAGGCUGUCAAUGGCAUUUGCCCCUGCAAGCCCAACUUUGCUGGAGCGCUCUGCAAGGAGUGCGCCGAGUCCUAUUAUGGUUUUCCCGAAUGCAAGGCCUGUCAGUGCAACAAGCAGGGCUCUAUAAACAACGAUUGCGAUGUGGUUUCCGGCAAUUGCACUUGCUUGAGCAACUGGGGCGGCGCACAGUGUGAGCGCUGCAAGGAUGGCUACUACAAUGAGCCCACUUGCUCCUACUGCGACUGCGAUCAUCAGGGCACGGAGUCAGAGAUUUGCAACAAGCAGUCGGGUCAGUGUAUAUGCCGCGAGGGCUUUGGCGGUCCACGUUGUGAUCGCUGCUUGCCUGGCUACUACAAUUAUCCAUCCUGCCAGCCCUGUAACUGCUCCACCACCGGCAGCUCGGCCAAGACCUGCGACAACACCGGCAAAUGCAACUGUCUCAUCAACUAUUCUGGCAAACUUUGCAACAUGUGCAGCGCUGGCUUCUUCAAUUAUCCGGAGUGCUUGUCCUGCAGCUGCGAUGAACAUGGAUCAGAGGGCGUUACUUGCAAUGCGGAUGGCUGCUUCUGCAAGCCCAACUUUGAUGGUCGUCAGUGCGAGCGCUGCAAGGAGGGCUUCUACAACUUCCCAGCUUGCGAGGACUGCAAUUGCGAUCCAGCUGGCGUCAUAGAUCAGUUUGCCGGCUGCGGUUCUGUGCCCGUGGGUGAGCUCUGUAAGUGCAAGGAGCGCGUCUCUGGCCGCAUUUGCAAUGAAUGCAAGCCGCUCUACUGGAAUCUGAACAUAAGCAAUCCAGAGGGUUGCGAGGAGUGCGAUUGCUUUAUUGAUGGCACCAUUUCGGGCCUGGACACCUGUGCGCCCAAGUCGGGCAACUGCUUCUGCAAGCCGCACACCAUGGGACGCCAGUGUAAUGAGUGCAAGGAUGGCACCUUUGAUUUGGAUGGCUCUUCGCUGUUUGGCUGCAAGGACUGCAACUGCGAUGUAGGUGGCUCCCAGUCCCGUAGCGUUUGCGACAAGACAAGCGGCCAGUGCAAGUGUCAUCCACGCAUCACAGGACGCGCCUGCACACAGCCCUUGACUACGCAUUAUUUCCCCACACUGCAUCAGUUCCAAUACGAGUAUGAGGAUGGCUCACAGCCCUCGGGUGCUUUGGUGCGCUACCAAUACAACGAAAGCAUUUUCCCGGACUUUAGCAGCAAGGGCUAUGCCGUAUUCAAUGACAUACAGAACGAAGUGCGCAGCGAGCUGACUGUGUUCAAGUCCACACUCUACCGCAUUAUCAUACGCUACAUGAAUCCCAAUGACAAGAACAUAACCGCCAGCAUACUCAUACAAUCCGAGAAUCCGCUGGAGGUCGAUCAAAACGUCAAGGUGCUGCUGCGUCCCACAACCGUGCCGGAGUUUAUUACUGUAUCUGGUGCCAAGGGCAACAAGCCUGCUGCUGUUGUCUUGGAUCCUGGUCGCUACAUCUUCACCACCAAGGCCAACAAGAAUGUCAUGCUGGAUUACUUUGUGCUUUUGCCUUCCGCAUACUAUGAGGCUUCCAUACUCACACGUCACAUUGCCAAUCCCUGUGAGCUGGGUCAUAUGGAUCUCUGUCGUCACUACAAGUACGCCUCUGUGAAUGUCUUUGAGCCUGCCAACACACCCUUCCUCAUGGGCGACAACAACAAGCCUACAAAGCCCACGGAUGUGUACAGCGAUUCGGAGCACUUUGAGAUUGUUAGCCAUGUGGGCGAAAUACCCGUGCUCAGCGACAAGCAAAAGGAACUCAACUACAUUGUGGAUGUGCCACACAGUGGACGCUAUAUCUUUGUCAUUGACUACAUCAGCGAUCGUAACUACCCGGUGCCCUAUGAUGUGAAUCUGCGCCUGGGCGACGAUAUGGAAACUACCUCCUCGGUGUAUCUGUAUCCUUGUCUGUACUCCACUGUCUGCCGCACGCCCAUCAACGAUGAUGGACGCGAAAAGACUUUCUACAUCAACAAAGAAGAUUUGAAGCCAGUUAUAAUUUCUGCUGACAUUGAGGAUGUUUUCCGUGUGCCCAUCAUUUCCGUCACAGCCAUACCUGUGGAGCAGUGGUCCAUUGACUACAUUACACCCAGUCCCGUCUGCGUUAUACACGGACAGGAAUGUGCCGCUCCAAAGUUCCGCUCGGUGCCUGAUUCCAGAAAGAUUGAGUUCGAAACAGAUCAUGAGGAUCGCAUAGCUUUAAAUAAGCCACCCUAUGCUGCCUUUGAUGAGCGUGUGAAGCUCGUGCAGUUGGAGAGCCCAGAUAAUGGCACAAUUGUUAUUGAGUCCAAGGUCUCAGAGCCACGUCGUUAUGUCAUUCUGGUCAAGUACUACCAGCCACACAAUCCCAAGUACCAGGUGCACUACACCCUGACCGCGGGCAAGAACCAAUACGAUGGCAAAUUUGAUAUACAGCACUGUCCAUCCAGCUCGGGCUGCCGUGGCGUUAUACAACCCGCUGGCGAUAAUCCGUGGUUCGAUAUUGAGGAUGACUUCAAGUUUACGCUGACGAACAAUCGCCGUCAAAGCGUUUGGCUGGAUUAUCUGGUGGUCGUGCCUUUGGAGCAGUUUAACAACGAUUUGCUGGUAGAGGAAACCUUUGAUCAGACCAAGGAGUUUAUCAAGAACUGCGGCCAAGAUCAUUUCCAUAUUACGCACAAUGCCAGCGAAUUCUGCAAGAACGCCGUCUUCUCCUUAACCGCUGAUUACAACAGCGGCGCGCUGUCUUGUAAUUGCGACUAUGAAGGCUCCACGAGCUUCGAGUGCCAUCCGUUUGGUGGCCAAUGUCAGUGCCGUAAUAAUGUCAUAGGCAGACAGUGCACAGCCUGUCGCACGGACUACUACGGCUUCCCGGACUGCAAGAAGUGCGAUUGUCCCAGCAUUGCCAUGUGUGAUGCCAACACAGGCGAAUGCAAAUGCCCGCCCAAUGUGGAAGGCGCCCUGUGCGACAAAUGUGCGCCCAACACCUACGGCUUCCAUCAGGUUAUUGGCUGCGAGGAGUGUAACUGCAACUACAUGGGCAUUGCCAACGGCAAUCAGCAGUGUGACAUGUUCAACGGCAGCUGCGAGUGUCGCUCCAACAUUGUGGGACGCGCCUGCGAUAGCUGCGCCCAUGGCUACUAUGAGUUCCCAGGCUGCAACUCGUGCAGCUGCCACAAGCCAGGCACAGAGCUGGAGGUGUGCGACAAGAUCGACGGCAGCUGCUUCUGCAAGAAGAAUGUCGUGGGUCGUGACUGCGAUCAGUGCGUGGAGGGCACCUAUAAUCUGCAGGCGAGCAAUCCCGAUGGCUGCACCACCUGCUUCUGCUUCGGCAAGACCUCGCGCUGCGACAGCGCCUAUCUGCGUGUCUAUAAUAUGAGCCUGUUGAAGGAUGUGACCAUUAACUCUGCCGACUUUACCGACGUCAGCAUCGAGUUUGAGCUCUGGAAUGUUACGCCCGAUGAGUUCAUUGUCAAUGAGACUAUGCUGCGUGCGGAUUUCUCAUUCCGCGAGCCUGGUGAUCAGCGUGUUGCCUACUUUGGUGUCUUGGAGUAUCUGCUGAAUCAGAAUAAUCACAUCUCUGCCUAUGGCGGCGACCUGGCCUACACGCUGUACUUUACAUCGGGCUUGGAGGGCAAGUCCAUUGUGCGACCGGAUGUCAUUCUGCUGAGCAAGGAUCAUUUGCUGGUGCAUCAGAGCUACGAGCAGCCCAGCAGCAACUUGCCGUUCAGCAAUCGCAUACAAAUGGUGGAGAGCAAUUUCCAAACGGUCACAGGCAAACCCGUUAGCCGUGCAGAGUUUAUGAUGGCGCUGCGUAAUCUCGAGAAAAUCUUUAUACGCGCCAACUACUGGGAACAGACGGUGAGCACAAAGCUCUCGGAUGUGUAUCUAACGCUGGCCGAUGAUGAUGCCGACGGCAGCAGCGAGUAUCAGUUCCUGGCUGUGGAGCAUUGUCACUGUCCGCCGGGCUAUUCGGGCCACUCUUGCGAGGAUUGCGCACCGGGCUACUAUCGGCAGAAGAACGGACCCUAUGGCGGCUACUGCGUGCCCUGCGAGUGCAAUGGCCAUGCCGACACCUGCGACUGCGCCACUGGCAUCUGCAACAACUGCCAGCAUUCCACACGUGGAGAUCACUGCGAGCAGUGCAUUGCUGGUUACUAUGGCAACGCCACGUUGGGCUCACCACAUGACUGCAUCAUCUGUGCCUGUCCACUGCCCAUCGAUUCCAACAACUUUGCCACCGGCUGCGAGAUCUCCGAGUCCGGCGAUAAGAUUCAUUGCGAUUGCCUGCCUGGCUACACUGGCGCCAGCUGUGAAUCGUGCGCCAAUGGCUUCUACGGCUCACCCGAAAUACCCGGCGAGGUGUGCAAGCCCUGCGAGUGCUCCGGCAACAUAAAUCCAGAGGAGCAGGGAUCCUGCGACACACGCACAGGCGAAUGCAAGCACUGCCUGAACAACACCUCCGGCAUGGCGUGUAAUCUCUGUGCGCCCGGCUUCUAUGGCGAUGCCAUCAAGCUGAAGAACUGCCAGAGCUGCGACUGCGAUGUGAUGGGACUGCUGGAGUGCGAUCCAUUCGAGGGUAAAUGCAAGUGCCUGCCAAAUGUCAUUGGCGAGCGCUGCGACCGCUGCAUGCCAAAUCAUUACGGCAUCGAUUCCGGCAUGGGCUGCCAUGCCUGCGACUGCGGCAGAGCAUCCAACUCUACACAGUGCAAUGGGCACACCGGACACUGCACUUGCAAACCUGGUGUGACUGGACGUCAGUGCGAUCGCUGCACUGUUGACCACUGGAACUACGGACCCGACGGCUGCACGCCGUGCAACUGCAACAUUGGCUACUCACGCGCCGGCACCGGCUGCAAUCCGGAGACGGGUCAGUGCGUCUGUCUGCCUGGCGUCAUUGGCGAUCGCUGCGAGGCGUGCCCCAAUCGCUGGGUGCUCACCGAGGAUGGCUGCAUGGAGUGCAACAAUUGCCAUCAUGCGCUGCUCGAUGUGACGGAUAAGAUGCGCUAUGAGCUCGAUGGCGUGCUCAAGGAUAUACAUAACAUGACCAUGGCCUUCUUCACCACACAAAAGCUGAACUACUACGACAAGCUGGCGGAUGAGCUUAUACCCAAGGUGCAGCUGCUGGAUCCCAAUAGUGUGGACCUGUCGCCCUCGCGCAAGCUCAACAGUGCGCUGGAGGCGUCCAGCAAGGCGCACGCUAAGGCGGUCAACCAGACGCUCAACAAUGCGCAUGACAUACGCCAACGCGCCAGCGUGCUGCUGUCCAAUGUGACCGCCGUGCAGGAGGAGGCGCACCUGAGCGCUGAUAAGGCCAAACAGGCGAUUAAGGCCGUUGAGUCGCUCUCACAGAAUCUGGAAGCCACGGCAAGCAGCAAACUCGAGGCAGCGCUGGAGGAAGCGCAGCAUGUGCUCGACCAGAUCAAUGGCACGCAGAUCGAGCUGCAGAAGAAUGAGGAGUGGCUACAGAAGGCGCGCCAGCUGUUCGAUGAAGUGGACCUGCAAGUGGAGCCGAUCAACCAACAGAAUCGCAGUCUCUCGGGACUGAAGAAUGCCAUUGGCGACUUUAGCGACAAGCUGGAGGACUUGUACCACUGGAGCGAGGACUCGAAGAAUCGCUCUACUCAUGUGGAGCGCAUGAAUGUGCACAACAAGGAUGCCUAUGACAAUUCCAAGUUCGAUACCGUGGCCGAUCAGCAGAAGGAGGCGGAGAAGAACAUUGAGGAGGCAAACAAUUAUCUCAAGAAUGGCGAAAUGACACUGGGCUACAUUGGCGGCAAGCUGGAGGAUCUGCGUGGCGCGCUGCAAGAGCUCAAGGCGGUCAACAAUGGCGUGGACAUGGAGCUGCCUGCACGCGAUGAGCAGCACAAGGAAGCCGAGGCGUUAACAGAACAGGCAGAGGAACUUGCCGCUCAGCUAACUGUGCGUGCGCAUGAUCUGAGCGAGAAGUACACGGACAUGACGGCCCACGCUGAGCCGGCGAUACGCGCUGCCACUGCCUACUCCAACAUUGUGGAUGCCGUGCAAGCGGCAGAGCAGUUCAGCCAGGAGGCACUCACAGCAGCUGGCAACGCUACACAGAUCACCGAUGGCAUUGAGGAUCGUGCCGGCAAUGCGGACAAAGAGUCCUCAGAGCUGUUGCAAAAGGCGCGCGAGUCGCUGCUGAAGGUGCAAAACGAACUGCAGCCCAGGCUCAAUGCCUCCGCCGGCAUGGUGCAGCAGAUUAACCAACAACAUGCGGAUACGGACAAGAAGCUGACGGAUACGAACAUCAUCAUUGAGAAUCUGCCGGCGAAGACGCAGCGCGAGCUCUGGAGCAGCUCCAAUAGCAACGCCAGCGAUGCGCUUGAUAUUUUGCAAAAUGUCAAGGAAAUCCUCGAGCCAGUGAGCGCGCAGACGCCCAAGGAGCUGGACAAGGCGCGCAACAUCAGUCGCGAUCUGGACAUAACCAAAAAGGACAUCUCGCAGGCCAACAACCAGCUGGAUAGCGUAGAGACAGACAUACCCAGGCUAACCAUUAUGGCUGAUGAGCUCAGCGAGCAGCAGCAACAGGUGGCCGAGGAGAGCCAGAAGCUGGGACAGUCCAUUGAGCAUCUGAAGCGUCAAAUUGAAACCGCGCGUCGCUUGGCCAACAACAUCAAGGUGGGCGUGCACUUCACGCCCAGCACCGUGCUGGAGCUAAAGACGCCCGAGAAGGCGCCGCUGCUGGCCACCAAGACCAAGCUGUCCACCUUCUUCCGCACCGAUGAGCCCAACGGCUUCUUGCUCUAUCUGGGCAAUGACAACAAGACGAGCCAGAAGAACAACGACUUUGUUGCCCUGGAAAUUGUCAACGGCUAUCCCAUUGCUACCAUUGAUGUGGGCAAUGGUCCGGAGCGCAUUACCAGCAGCAAACAUGUCUCCGAUAACAAGUGGUACCAGGCCGUGCUCGAUCGCGUGGGCUCCAACGCCAAGCUGACCAUACGCGAGCAGCUGCCCAAUGGCAAGGUGGAGGAGCAUAGCGAGACGGGCUAUCUGGUGGGUGCCAACAAUGUGCUGCAUGUGGAUCCCAAUAGUCGCCUGUUUGUGGGCGGCUUGCCAGGAUCUUCGGAGUUUACAGCACACGAUGACAUACGUCAGAAUUCAUUCAAGGGCGACAUUGAGGAUCUGCGCAUUGGUGAUGAAAACGUGGGUCUGUGGAACUUUGUCUAUGCCGAGGACAACAAACAGGGCGCCAAGGAGCGCGAGGUGCUGCUGGAGCAGCAAAUGCCUGUCACGGGACUCAGCUUCAAGGGCAAUGGCUUUGUACAACUAAAGGCUUCGCCAUAUAACUUCAAAACACGCUCCAGCAUACAGUUCCGCUUCAAGGCUGCCAAGGACGCGAAGAAUGGUCUGUUGUUCUUCUAUGGACGCGGCAAGCAUUACAUGUCCAUUGAGCUGGUCGACGGCGCCGUUUACUUCCGCUUCAAGCUGGCCACAAAGACGGUCUCGUUGGGCAGUCAGGAUCGCUAUAACGAUAACAAGUGGCAUCAGGUCGUGGCCGAGCGUGAUGGUCGUCGUGGCUUGCUCAAGGUGGACGACGUGCUGCUGUUCCAGGAGGAAGCAGACACAGCCGCCGACGAGGAUAUGCCCAAGCUGCAACGCAUGUUCUUUGGCGGCUUUCCGGGUCGUCGCAACCACACAGAAAUCGUGCAGGAGAACUUUGAUGGUUGCAUUGAUGAUGUCAGCAUUUCGGGCUACAAAGUCGAUCUGACGCAGUACGCCAAUGGCACGGGCGUAGCCGAGGGCUGUCCCGACAAGUACUCCACCACGCUGUCGUAUCCACCGCAUGAAUAUGGCUUCCUGCGCAUUUCCAAUGUCAGCUCGGACAACAAUUUGCACGUGGGCCUGGAGUUCAAGACACGCCAGCCGGAUGGUGUGCUCUUCUAUGCGGCUAACCACGAUCAGAGCUCAACUAUUGGACUUACGCUGGAUCAGGGCUACUUGAUUUUGCGCAGCAUGGGCAGCGAACUGGUCACUGAUCAGCAUCAAUACAACGAUGGAGAGUAUCAUACUGUGAGUGUGCAUCACGAUGGGCUGCAGCUGCGUCUCUCCGUGGACGAUGUCGAGGAUAAACGCUCAUUGGAGACACCACAACCUUUGCUCAUUCAGGCUGGCGAUAUGUUCUUUGGUGGACUGCCAGAUAACUAUAUACCGCCAAAGGGUGGCCUCUCCAAUCUAGCUUACUUUGUGGGCUGCAUCAAGUAUGCCACCGUCAACGAGGAGAUUAUCAACUUUGCCGACAGCGCUGAGAAGAAGAAUGGCAACAUUAAUGGCUGCCCACAGGAUAUACUAGCAUACGAGCCCAGCUUGCUGCCAACGUUUUAUCCAACUGGCGCCAAUGAAUUGGAGCCAUUUGAGCCAGCAAGAAGACCAUUUGGCGAACUGAAAACAACAACAAGCACCACAACUACAACUACAAGCACCACCACAUCAACAACAACAACAACAACUACAACCACCACAGAGGCGCCAUUUAUAGCCAAAGAUGACGAGCCGAUAAUGCCUGUUACCACACAAAAGACACUAAUCCCCAGACCGCGUCCCACUGCCAAGCAGAACUUGCCCAGCGAUCAGCGCUGUGCGCUGCCCAUAACUCCCAACUAUGAUGUGGACUUUGUGGAGGCUGGCUAUCGCUUCUAUGGCUCCAAGGAGCAGCGUCUUGAGUUCCACACGCUGCCCGUCAAGCUGCGCAAGCAUUAUGACAUCAGCAUGACGAUCAGAAGCAGCUAUCCAAAUGGCCUGCUCUUCUACGCCGGCAGCAGUGAGCGUAAGGAGGACUUCAUAGCCUUCUAUAUGCUGAAUGGUCUAGUGUACCAUGAGGUGCGCGUUGGCGCCACCGUCAGCGCGAAGAUUGUCAGCGAGGAGAAGCUGUUCGAUGGCAAUUGGCAUACGCUGGAGUUUGUGCGCACUAGUCGCAAGAUUAGUCUGAGCGUAGAUGGCAAGGAGCAGUCAGGCUCCGUGGAGCUAAGCGAUCGCAGCGUGCCUGUGAUGGUUAUCAGUCUGCCCGUGUUUGUGGGUGGCAUCAGCAAGUUCUUGGAGGAGGAUGUCAAUCGCACAAUCUCAUUGGGCGGCUCAACGUCUAAUUACAAUGGCUGCAUCAAGGAUAUCAAGCUGGGCGGCCUGGCUUUAGAGACAGAGCCUAUGCCGUACCAGGUGGUGCCUUGCUCGGAUCAAGUGGAGACGGGCGUGUUCUUCCAUCAGCAGGACAGCUAUGUGAAGCUGCUGGAUCGCUUCCAAGUGGGCACUGAGGCAACCAUAACAUUCGACUUCAGACCACGCGAUCCAGAUGGCUUGCUGUUCUCGGUGCACGGCAAGAACUCCUACAUGAUCUUGGAGUUGGUCGAUAACUUGCUGGUCUUCACUGUCAAGUCCGAUGCCAAGAACACAAUAACAACCAACUACACGCUGCCCGAUGAUGGCAGCUACUGUGAUGGCAAAUGGCGCAAUGUGCAGGCCAUCAAAUCCAAGUUUGUCAUCACCAUAGCUGUGGACUAUCGCAGCUCUGUGCCUGCUGUGGGCUACGAGGGUUCGGCAAACACCAAAACGAAUCGUCCAUUGUUCAUGGGCGGUCAUCAUGCGUUCACCAAGGCACCGGGCAUCAAGACCAAGAAGUCCUUCAAGGGUUGCAUCAAGAACGUGAACAUCAACAAGAAGCUUGUGCAUAUUACACCCAAUCUCAUCAAGGGUGAUAUUUGGCAAGGCGCUUGUCCCUUAAACUAAACUCCAAAUGGCUUUUAACGACUCUGGCUUGGCUAAAGGACAAAUGAUUUGAUUAUCUGUUACAUUAUUGAAGAAUUGCUAGCGUGGAGAGUUGACGAAAGCUGGAAUUGUUGAAAGGACUACGAACGAACAAAUUACGAACAACACAUCGACGGGCGGAAUUACAAUCUGCAAGUUUUGUAAAUCUUUGGAGCUUGCAGCAUAACUGCAAGUCGUAUAUCCUUUAUCUAUAACUAUAAAGAUUUGUGCCAAUUUCAUUUUAAAAAGUAAAUAAACUUUCAUUUCAUUUGUAACUUUGAAUUAUUAUAUAAC